AUGACCGACAGAAUAGUGACCGAAAGGUUUGACUCAUCCAUAACUAUGCCUACACCAGAGGUAUAUUAUGCUGGCGGCGAUGGAGGGGCUGGUGACUCUCCUUCCAAUGAAAAGGAAAAAGGAAAAGAAACUAAUCAUGAAGCACGUAAAUCAAGUUUAAAAACCAGCGAGAUCAUUCAACAUAAUCCAGCCGUAUGGUAUAAACACACAAAAUCUUUGUUGGCUGGCAUCAAAUCAAAUUGGCUUUUAAUUUUCUUCAUCCCCGCGGUGGUGAUGACGAAGUAUAAGGGACACAUUAGUUCCAUUGUGAUUUUCAUCUUUAAUAUGUUGGCUAUUAUUCCCUUGGCUAAAAUUUUGACUAUCUCUAUUGAUGACAUAACUGCUAGAAUUGGACCGGCUUAUCAAUCUGUUCUUCACGCUUUUUCGGGAAAUUGUGUGGAACUUAUUAUUCUUGGAUUCGCCUUAUAUGAUAAGCAAUAUUCCAUUGUUCGUUCUUCUGUACUAGGCGCCAUUUUAUCCAAUAUUCUAUUGAUUCUAGGAGCAGUAUUUUUGAUAGCUUCAUUGCCGAAAAAAGGACGCCCAGCAAAUCUCAAUACUGAUAUCGAUGCUGCAUUUUUCGUGAACACAAGUGCAUCAGUUCUUGCCCUUGCUGUGCUUGCUUUAGUCACCCCGGCUACAUUCAAGAUUGCAGCACCCCCGGAAACUGGCAUAAAUUGUGAUAUGCAAAAUAUCAGUCGAGCAACAGCCAUCAUUCUUUUAUUGUUGUAUGCCGGAUUACUGGUCUUCCAAUUGAAAACUCACGCUAAAGAACUCAUAGAUAUGACUGAAGUUGAACAACACGAAGCAAAAUAUUUUUUGGUGUUUGAUAUUCUUUUGGCUGCUCUCGCAAUUGCUGGUAUUACCUUCUGCUCUAAAUAUCUCGUGAUAAGUAUUGAACAUCUUGCAGAAGAAUAUCGACUUGGACAUUCAUUUGUUGGAAUGGUCUUACUACCCACUUGUGUCAUUUCCAAUGCACUUGAACAUUAUCAUGCUAUCAAAGAUGCACAUAAGGAUAAGAUCGAUACAGCUAUCAGCUUGGUUCUCAAUACAUCUGUGCAAAUCGCACUUUUGGUUGGUCCUCUACUGGUAAUUGUCGGAUGGAUUAUUAAUCGUCCACUAACAUUGGAUUUCACACAACUGGAAAUUGCUGUAUUGGCUUGUUCCGUUUUAAUCGUCAAUUAUUUGGUUGCUGAUAGUAAAGCUAAUUGGUUGGAAGGUGCUAUGUUACUCGCCUCCUACCUUAUUAUCGCUGUCGCUUUCUUUUACUUCCCGAAUUCACCUACUGACAACGAUGCAUCACUCGCCGAAUGUAAUCCUUUACGAAGAAAUCUUCCCCCUAAGCCAAGCAGUACUGCUUCUGCUGCACACUAA